AUGGCUGAUCAAUGUAUUGUAUGUCUAGAAAAUCUAGACGUGCAUCCCCUGGCUGGAACUGUCUCUCCAGUGGAACAAAGCAAUGAGCCUCCGGGUCUGCAUUCGAGCGAGCAACUGGUACCUGAAUCCACCACUAGAGCACCAGUACAAGCGCAUCCGACGUCAAUCACGAACGGCAAGGCAACGACCGUCGAUGACACCAAGAUCGCCGAAAUCGAAAUAUGUGGUCACAUCUUACAUGAUUCGUGCUUACGGGAAUGGACAGGCAAGGCCAACAGCUGCCCAAUUUGUCGGCAGUCCUUCAACCUAGUCAAUGUAUACGAUAGAGUUGGUGGUACCAAGCUCUCAUCAUAUACAGUUGAAGACAAGAAGCAGGUUGCCGAAUUUGAUGCACAAGCAUGGCUGGACGAAAACCCCGAAGACGAAGAACCAGCACAGCCAUGCAUUAUCUGCCAGAAUCCCGAACAUGAAGAGCUCACACUGCUUUGCGACAACUGCGAUGCCCCCUACCACACUUACUGCGUUGGCCUGGACUGUGUCCCUCGAAGGCACUGGCUAUGCAUGGAAUGCAACGCUCAAUACAGAGCCCUCCUAGGUGAAGAGCUGGAAGAUGCAGACGAGGAUGAGCUUGAACAUGGACGCUCAGACUACCUCCCACGCACCCAAGCGACCAUGCGGCGUGCGCGUCGGCGAGCACGAUCGGAUGAGUGGCAAGGUGCUUGGGGUCAGAUCGCGAGUCACAUUUUUGAUGCACUUGAGCUUGACCUCGAUAACCAUGACGACGACGAAGACGUGCAAAAUUUCCGUGUCGCACAGCGCGUACAGCAGAGAGAGCGUCAAGAGUAUCAAAGAUGGCAGCAGAGACUCAACAUCGCAAGUCGAUUAGGCGCUGGCGACACUUUCGCCAGCAACUUAGCACGAGGACUUCCUCAGCGUGCCCAACCACAUCGCCAGCCGACUCGUCCGCCGCCUCCUCCCCCAGAAACCGCCGACGCGCGGAGAGCAUGGGGCGCUUUAGAAGCGGCAAUGGAGGUCGACAGCAGUUCUAACGGCACCACCGCUAAUCAUCGGAAGCGAAAGUCACGCUCUGCGACUGCAUCGCCUAGAGAGCCUGCGCCUGAACCAGAACGCCGCCUGAAGCGUCCCCGAACUCGCCGCAUGCCACAGUCAGGUGAGCCCUCGUCUUCACGUCAAAACCGAGAGCCGUCGACCGCGAAUCAUGCACCCGCAGCGGUAGCAGCAGCAGCAGCAUCAUCAUCAUCAUCGUUAGCAUCGCCACGGCAACCCCCAGUGUUCCCGGCACAAGCUGGCGCACCAACAUUUCUUUCGUCCCUGCUUAAGGAAGUCGAGGCGAGCACGCCGUCUGAUGACGAGAAUGUGCGCAACUUUUUAGGCUCACUUGCUCGGCCCUCUGCAGAUGCGUCUUCACCGGCAGGCUCUCCUUCCCCCUCUGGACCAAGUAGUCCUCGUGCUCUCUCGGCUACACCCCCUCCUAGAGGAAUUGCCGACAGGCCUGGCUCCCCUCUAACUCUGUCAUCGCAUAUCGAGCCCAUGUAUCCAUCUAUGGCGAACUUCUCCCCGAGUCGCACUCGUAUGAGUAGUGACCAGAGUGGCAGCGAUUCGGAGCCAGCAUGUCGUCAUCGCCCAAACGGCGCUUCCUAUCAGUCGAGAAUUCGAAAUCCCCAGCCGCGCCGUCGAAACCCAGUCAACAUCAACACGGAUGUUCAUCACCACCAUUCUCGGUCGCCUGAGUCCUCGCCGACUCGCGAGUCACUUCCCUUGAAGACGAAAGAAAGCAUUAGCGCGGUGAUCAAGGAAGCCUUGAAGCCUCAUUAUAAGUCAGGUAGUAUUACUGCCGAUCAGUAUACUAUCAUCAAUCGUGAUCUAUCUCGCCGACUGUAUAAAGAGGUCCCGGAAGAGUCACUAAGUGAAGAGACUCGCCGCCAUUGCGAAAAGAUUGCCAACAACGAAGUAGCAAAGGCCAUCUCGGAACUGAAAGAGAUCAAUGUUUGA